AUGAAUGAAAAAUUAAGUGAUCAUCAAAAUCAAAACUGUUUUCCAUUGAAAAGACUAUCAAUGUGUGGACAAUAUAAUCAUGAUUUUAAAAAUGAAGAAACAUCACAAAUAAUAAAUAUUAAAAAUCCAUUAACAUCAUACAACUAUACAUCUCAUCAACGGCCACUAUUAAUUGACACAUCACAAGCUUCCAUUAAUCAUCAUUUUAAUCCAUUCAAUCAACAAAUUGAAUCGAAUUCACCAACUGAUUCAUUAGAAGAACCAACAGUUUUCAAAUUUAAUAUUCCAAUUGAGAUGAUUGUUCGAACUAUACCUCAGCAAUAUAUUUAUUCAUCAAAUUCUUGUCCUACAACACAAAUACCAUCUCAACCAUUCUCAGAUUACAUUUCAAAACCAGCAACAUCUUUUAUACGAAAAGCACAAGAAGUUAUUUUUGGUAAUAAUGCAAGUCAUGAUCGAGGAGAUAUUCUUUCAAAAUCAGCUCAUCGUUCUGAUCCACGCCUUAUAAAUGAAACGAAUAAAAUGUCAGAUAUUCAACAACAAGAAAAAUCAUAUCAACCAAUGAUGAUGCAAUAUUCUAAUUCAUCAAUGUUCUCUUGUCCUAAACGAUGUAAAUGUAAUUCAUCGACUUGA